AUGCCGCUGUUCCGCGAAAAGAAACGCCACGGCGUCUACACCAUCCCGCAUGCCAACUGGUCCUACAACAGCAUUGCUUCGGACGACUCCAAUGUCAGGCUGAUCCGUGAGAAGCCUGCUAAGAAAACGACAAAACAGACCAAGCCUAGUGCUCCAGCUCCAGCGCCGGUACGGUCCGAGUCACCCGCAGAGCCGGCUCCAAUCCGUGACCCCUACGAGGAGCUUGCGCGUGUGCUCCAGGCCGAAUUCUACCGCCCGAUGCACUGUGCCUACGACCUCUACGGUCCUCGAUCGCGGUGUCUGAUGGAGCCGGUCGACUACGAAGUCUAUUCGGAGCUGUGGCAGCGUCUCAAGACCAAGAUUAUGAAGUCUCGGGAGCCCUCAGAAUGA